AUAAUUCCAGUUUCCGGGAUUCAUCACGAUCCAAAUUAUUAUCCUGAUCCGGAGAAAUUCGAUCCAACAAGAUUUUCGAAAGAAAAUAGUGCGGAUAGGCAUCCCGCGACUUAUUUAUCAUUUGGUAUUGGUCCAAGAUAUUGCUUUGGUAAACGACUUGGACUCUUUCAAGCAAAACUUAUUUUAGUCAUUUUCUUAUCUCAUUAUAAAUUUUCAUUGUCUGACAAAAUGUCAACGCCUCUGAGAUAUUCAUUAAAUACUUUCGUCCAGACGCCUAACGGCGAGGUUUAUUUACGAAUACAAAAGCGAAACGGAAUUAAUCAUUCGUAGAUUAAGAUUUAAUUUGUUUGGAAUAUUAUAUGAUAAUGAAAUUUUACACAGCAAUGUGAUAUGCAAUAUAGUUGUUUAU